ACUUUCAGUUUAUUAUCAACAUCACAAACUCAAAUGAAGAUCUUCUCUUCCUUCUUCUUCUUCUUCUUCAUCUUCAACACCAAUCACUCUCAACAAAAUGAAUAAUAAAUAAACCAUAAAUCUCUCUUUUUCCGAUGGGAAAAUUCAUCACAACCACACUAUCUCCACCGCUCUAUGCUCGAUCAAAACUCCUCUGUUUUUCACUUCUCUACUUAUUCACUACUCUUUCUCUAUUCCUCUAUGUAUCUCUCUCAAGAAACCAAUGCGUCUUUCGAUAUUCGCCAUUUGAUCCGAUUCAACCAAAACUUUUCUCUUAUCCUUCUUCUUAUGGUGAACACAAAUAUGCUCUUCCCACUCAUCGAUCUUCUUGUUCUUCCCCUGUUUUCUUUUCAGAUUAUUGGACAGUGUUGAAGGAGAUACAGAGUAUCUUGAGUGAUUCAUCAUCACAAGAAAAUUUGAGAUACAUUAAUGGAAAAAGUGAGAGUUUCGGUGGUAAUUUUAGUACUCAGAAGAGAUUUUCUUAUUUCAACCAUUCGAACAUUGACAUCGAAGUUCCAUGCGGCUUCUUCAGAGAUUUUCCGGUCAGCAAUUCCGAUAGAGUUGAGAUGGAGAAAUGUGGACUAGUAGUUGCAUCAGCUAUUUUUAACGACCAUGACAAGAUUAGACAACCAGUGGGACUCGGAGUUAAAACCUUAGAAACCGUUUGCUUCUACAUGUUCAUCGACGAUAAAACCCUAAAUUCUCUCUUCCACCACAAUGUCAUCCUCAAAAACAAUCCAAAAGAUUAUAGAGUCGGCGCAUGGAGAGUCAUCAAAAUCUCAAAAUCCGAAAACCUAUACCUUAACCCGGCUAUGAACGGGGUUAUACCAAAGUAUCUAAUACAUAGAUUGUUUCCAAACUCAAAGUUUAGUAUAUGGGUUGAUGCGAAAAUUCAGCUCAUGAUCGAUCCGCUACUUCUAAUUCAUUCAAUGUUGGUAGUGCCUGAAGUGGAUAUGGCGAUAUCUAAACAUCCGUUUUUUGUAAAUACAAUGGAGGAAGCUAUGGCUACCGCUAGGUGGAAGAAAUGGGGCGACGUCGACGGGCUAAGGAUUCAAAUGGAGACUUAUUGUGAGCAUGGUUUGAAGCCUUGGAGCUCUCAUAAGUUACCAUAUCCCACAGAUGUACCAGAUACCGCGUUGAUACUGCGAAGACACGGAAUCAGAAGCAACCUAUUCUCGUGCUUCAUGUUCAACGAGUUAGAAGCGUUUAACCCGCGAGAUCAAUUAGCAUUUGCGUUUGUGAGAGAUCACAUAAACCCUAAGGUGAAAAUGAACAUGUUUGAAGUUGAAGUGUUUGAGCAAGUAGUUGUUGAAUACAGACACAAUCUCAAGAAGAUUGAGACAUCUACAUACGAGGAACAAGAAGAAGAACAGAAACAAGAAUCGUUGAGGAAAAUACAAAAGAGAAGAAAAUGGUUAGAUCAUGAAUCUUGGUCUCUCAAUAGUAGUAGCUGUAAGAAUUAUCUCACGGAUAUGUGGGGCUGAAUCUCACCAUUGAUUUUUUCUUUUCUUAUUUUUAUUUAUUUUUUUAUUUUAUUUUUUAAUAAAUGUAAAAUUUAUUCAACCAAAAACCUUGUUACAAUAAAUCCGUCCUUAGAUCGAA